CAAGCUGGAAACAUAUUGUUAACAUAUUGUUGACAAACAAACAAACAUUAUUACCAGUAGAGAUUGAACACUUGGUUCGAUAUAUACAUCAUGUUUUCAUUUAGAAUAACAUGCCUGGCUAUCUCGGUUGUAGCAACAAUGUCAGCUGCUCGAUCGAUAAUAGAAUUGAGUCCGGAAGGUUCGGUGCAGGGACAGACAUACACGACUAAAUAUAUCGGGAAGGUUAUGAGCGGGGAUAGUUAUAAAGAGAUCAAUUUAGAAAGUCUAAGGGAUAGUACAAUAGUUGCAAGGAGAACACGGUGUGCGGAAGAGUGCUUUUCAGUGGCCUGGUGUAGGACAUUCGAGAAUCUCGAAGAUACCUUCGUGUGCAAGCUCUUCGGUGAUAUUUGCCCAGAAGAGUCUCAAACUGAUAAGUUUCAGGUAUACAACGAUGCCUUUAUCAGCUGUCCCGAGUUCAGCCGCACUACAUUAUUAAACGCAGAUAUUCCAAGUCAAGACACCGAUGCAGUAGUAAAGGAAUACUAUGGAGAUACAAUUAUGACUGCGGCUGUGGUACCAGGUUUUCAACACAUUCACUCAGAAAGCGAGCCUGUUGUCCUAUGGAAAUUAGACUACCGUACACUACCCAACUACGUUGAGGAAUUGAGUGGUACUGCUGGAUCAGACAUGUAUCCCAGUGUGAGCGAGUAUGCGAAUGCAUGCGGUAAUGCAUGCAACGCUGAAGCAAGUUGCAUUGGCUUUGGGUUCGCCUAUCUGCCAGAGACUGAUCCCAAUGCAACCGAGUGUGUGUGGGCAGAUCAAACGACAUUGUAUUCUGCAACGGGAUACAAGGAAACUUGGGACAUGCGGUAUGGUCUGUAUCAGAUGAUGAUCACCACCAACGGGACAGGUGCGUGCCCAGAGGGUCAGUUUCUAGGCUAUCAAGAAGGUGGUGAAGUGACUUACGAUGUGACUAAGUUCGGAUGCAAUGUUCAGUUCGGUGUUAAUCAGAUGUGUGCUCCUGAACAGACGGCAGUGUACGACCUGUCAUACGAUAACUCUGGCUGCAGCGCAGGGCUAAAGUGCGACUAUCACCCCUUGGACCCGAACAAGUAUGUGGGUGUUUGCUGGAACGACACCACUCUGGAAGCCGAUAAAGCCGCACGCGUAGCCUUACUAGAUGAGUAUUCUGAUAUGAUUAGUAACAUAACUGUCGAAGGCUAUGGUUAUGUACGAUCGGAUGAGCGCGUUGAUGGGCUCUCGAGAGGCUUGAUGGCUUUCAGUGACAAUUACACGUCCACCAAGGAUGUUCCCGAUCUUAGGGGUUCGACCCUAUACCCAACUGUUAUUGAGUUUGUAGCAGCCUGCACGACCGCCUGCGAUACUACCUGCUGGGGUAUUGCGUUUGUGUACAAACCUGAAGCGAUGAAUGAGAACGAAUGCCGUCUGCUACCGAAUAGCGUGACAUUCAGCAUGGAGUAUGCACAGCAGUUUAUCAAGGCUAACGGAACAGUUGUGCCUCCAGAAACUGUGUUGUACGCAGUAUAUGCUAAAAAUAACGAGAAAGCGUGCACAUUCGAUGCAUUUCCAGGGUACAAUGUGAAUUGGAAGGGAAUGGACGAUGUAGGCUGCCAUCCAGUGGUGCCUGAGAACGAGCGAUGUGUGACUGUUGACGUCGAUCUACGUGCGAACUCAACCGAUGGCUGUGACACUGGACUAGAGUGUCAGGAUACAGCCAACUACGAACGCUGUUUGUAUCCCGGAUAUAACCAGAACACCACUGCCAUUGCUUUCGAGUCUUUUUAUCUAGAUAACAAUGAGGUACAUGUAGUGAUCGCAGAUGCCUCGUUUUCUCCCGAGGCCAAUGUGCUUGCGACUGUAGACCUGAGCGAUCUCAAGGAUAUGACUAUGCAGGAGCGAUGGUACCAGUGCGCAGUAGAGUGUCAGAAUUCCGUGACAUGCGUGUCCUUCGCAAAUAAUGAGCUGACAUACUUGUGCGUGCUUUCGGAUUCGAAUAUCAACGGGUGCGAUUAUGUGCCUAAACUUGACAGCUGCGCCGUAAUGACGGUGGCCAGCGUAGGCUCAUACAUUAGUCAGAUUGAUCGGUUCUAGAUCAUACUUUUAAAGCGUCUUGUAGGCACUUUUGUCCAAUUAAUAAUUAAAUUUUAGGUUUCAAAUCACUUGCAGUCGUAUUGGAUUGUUUGACAAGACACCUACAUCGAUAUAUA